UUUACAUUAAAGUUACUGAGUUGCCCUCUUCUCUCUCUCUCAAUAUCACACACGCACACAAACACACAGUCUCUGGCCGAACCGUCGACUGCAACCGCUGCAUUUUCUCGUUGGACGUUAACAUAACCGUCUCAGCCGCCGAUUCCACAAGUAAUAGGGAGGGAAAAUGGCGCUAGGGUUGAUAUUAGGUUUAGGAAGGGCAUUUAGAAGAAAGAGGACAUCAUCACUUGAUAUUCUUUCUUCGAAGCGGGCACCUAGGGAUUACUACAAAGGGAAGAACUGCAAGCCAACCGGUUUCCAUACCCGCAAAGGUGGGUAUGUUGUGGUGAAUGAAAAGCUGCCAAAUUAUGUAGUACCUGAUCUGACUGAUUUCAAGCUAAAGCCAUAUGUUUCCCAGUGCCCGAUAGAAGUUAAGACUGCUGAGGCAACGGCUGCAGCUAAAUAAGCUUGCAAAGUGCCUUCGAGGCUCCUGCUUUGUUUUACUAGGUUUGAUCAGAUGAAAAAAACGAUGAGUGGUUGCUUAUCAGGUUUUUGCAGACAAAAAAUGAUCAAGUAGUUCCAGAAAUUUUGAGCCUAUUUUGACAAUGAAGAAAUGUAUUAAUGACUGUUCGAAUUUUGUUGAUAUUCAUCAGCGAUUUUUGACUUAUGAACUUGAAAAUACGACUAGAAUGGAUAUUAUAGGAUUACUUUCUAACUGGUUUUGCUUUAUAAUGUUAGCUAUAGGUGCUGAUGGCUGAUCAAAGUCGGUGUUAGGGUGAUGUACAAAUGUGAUACCGCGUUACAUAAAAGACAGCUGCAUGUUUGAAAUGCGUUGCAUGGUCUUAAAGCUUUUGAAAAUAGCUUUUUUCUUA